AUUUGCUUCUUGGACUCUAGCGGUGAAUGACAAUAAAACCGAGCUCGCGCAUAAAAAGAAAAACACAGAAAUUGCUUAAAUAAAAAUUAUUUAACCCGGUUUAUCGUCAUGGAGGCGGUGGUCAACCCGUCUAUUGACAGCAGGUCUGUCAUGACGGGCGCCAUGGAGUCAAGCGCAGCCAACCCGGGCAAACGCAUCCGCAAACCCUCUCUACUCUAUGAGGGUUUCGAAGGCCCUGGCCUGCCGCUCGCACCCACACCCAUAGCGGGGCCGCCGCCCUCGCAGCACCUCCCGGUGAAGGACCCGAGCAGGCCGGGCCGCAUCACUAACCAGCUGCAGUACCUCCAGAAGGUGAUGACGAAGGCGCUGUGGCGGCACCACUUCGCUUGGCCCUUUCACGAGCCCGUGGACGCCGUCCGCCUCAACUUGCCCGACUACCACAAGAUCAUCAAGCAGCCCAUGGACAUGGGGACCAUCAAAAGACGGCUGGAGAACAACUACUACCGCAGCGCCAGCGAGUGCAUCCAGGACUUCAACACCAUGUUCACCAACUGCUACAUCUACAACAAGCCCACUGACGACAUCGUCCUGAUGGCCCAGUCUCUGGAGAAGGUUUUUCUGCAGAAGGUGGCUCAGAUGCCCCAGGAGGAGAUCGAGUUGCCCCCUCCUGCACCCAGGGGACGAGCGUUCAAGACCGGCAAAUCCCGACGGGGAAGAGGUGCAGGUCUAAGUGUAGCUCAGCAGGUCCCAGCUGUGUCUCAAUCGGCUUACUCGCCCUCAUCUCCCGACACCCCGGACUCACGGUUUUCAGGCUCUCCUCACAUGAUGCUCAGUAAACCCGGACCUCCACUUCCUCCUCUUCCUCCUCCUCCUCCCCCUCCUGCCCUCAUGACUCUGCCCCCCACACAGCCCACCGCAAAGAAGAAAGGUGUGAAGCGCAAAGCGGACACCACCACCCCGAGCACCACAGGUUUCCCCGUGCCCCCUCCCGGCCGUGCGAUGGGCAUGGGUAAGGGUCGCGGCGCUCUCUCGCUCUCCCCAGUCCCCAGCCUGACAUGCGGCAUAGGCGUGAGCGAGCCCGUGCACCUGCAGCCCGUCAUGGGCCGAUCCGUGCCGCGGCGUCCCAUCAAACCCCCGCGUAAAGACCUACCCGAGCUGGCGAGGCCGAAGAGCGCGCCGCGGCACCGCACCAAGCUGAGCGGCCAGCUGCGCUACUGCAGCUCCAUCCUAAAGGAGCUGCUGAGCAAGAAGCAUGCGGCCUACGCCUGGCCGUUCUACAAACCCGUCGACGCCUCGCUGCUCGGCCUGCACGACUACCACCUCAUCAUCAAACACCCCAUGGACCUCAGCACCAUCAAGAGGAAGAUGGACGAGCGGGAGUACAGGGACUCUCAGGAGUUUAGCGCUGACGUCAGGCUCAUGUUCUCAAACUGCUAUAAGUACAAUCCACCCGAGCAUGACGUCGUGUCCAUGGCACGCAGACUGCAGGACGUGUUCGAAUUCCGUUUUGCGAAGAUGCCUGACGAGGUCCUGGAGGAAGAGGACGAGGAAGAAGGUUUGGCGCCGACCUCUCUGGGUCGCAACGUGGGCCUGAUGGGACUGCAACACUCCUCCUCAUCCUCUUCGUCCUCCUCGUCUUCGUCAUCGUCAUCCUCUCCUUCGUCCUCAUCAGAAAGCGAGUCAAGCAGCGACAGUGAGCCGAGCAGUGAAAGCAGCCCGAGCUCGGACAGCGAGGAGGAGAGAGCGCAGCGCCUGGCCCAGCUACAGGACCAAGUCUGCACUCAGCUGCGCGCGGUGCACGAGCAGUUAGCCGCGCUCUCGUCCGGCCCCAUCAUCAAACCCAAGAAGAAGCGCGAAAAGAAGAAGGACAAGAAGAAGAAGAAGAAGCCAGAGAAACGCAAAGGAGGCCGGAGCAACGAGAGGGUGCGGGAGAAAGUAACCAAAGUGCCCAAGAGCAAAUCUAACAAGGUGGCGUCCAUGCCCACUCAGAGCAAGAAGGCUCCUGCCAAGAAGAACAGCAAGAGCAACAAGACGACUAAGAAGUCUUUAGCAGCCGCAGCUCGCUUCACGCCUCCAGCUCCGCCGAUUCCGCAGUACGACUCCGAGGAGGAAGAGGACGGUCUCCCUAUGAGCUACGACGCCAAGCGGCAGCUCAGCCUCGACAUCAACAAGCUGCCGGGUGACAAGCUGGGCCGCGUCGUGCACAUCAUCCAGUCCCGCGAGCCCUCGCUGCGCGACACCAACCCCGAGGAGAUCGAGAUCGACUUCGAGACGCUCAAACCGUCCACACUGCGUGAACUCGAGAGCUACGUCACCAGCUGCUUGCGCAAAAAGCCAAGGAAACCUUACGUGAUGAAACCAGCCGGUGGGAAGUCACGUGAGGAACUGGCUUUGGAGAAGAGGAGGGAGCUGGAGAGAAGACUGCAGGAUGUCAGUGGACAACUCAACUCUGUCAAAAAGCCCCAGAAACCCAAAGCAGAGAAGGCCAGCGUGAGCACAGAACCUCACCCCAUGCCCGCCGGUCGCCUGAGCGCCAGCAGCUCCAGCUCCGACUCCUCUUCCUCUUCCUCUGACUCCUCUUCCUCAGACACCAGUGACUCUGACUCCAGGUGAUCAUCCAUGGUUACCACCGUGCCGUGGCAUGACGACACCAUGUCCUAAAAUCCUGUCAGGAUGAAUUCUGGGAGGACUGGACUGGAGCUUUGUGGGUGAUCCAGAAAUCAUAAGAAGGAGAAUGAAAAGAAAUGGACACGAAAGGAAAAAAAAUUAUUAAAUGAAAAAAAAAAAAAAGUAAACAAACUGUAUCAUCCCUAGGACACACUUUCAUGUGCAACAACGACAGAUUCCCAAAAGCGUGUUUUUGAGACAUGUUUGUUAACGAUGUACAGACUGUGUUGGAUUAAUUUUUCUUUCAUAAAGAAGACUUUUAUAAACGUGCCCAUAGUGGGAGGUCAUGUGGACAUAGAAAUCUGCGCUGGAGUCUAGUCUGUCAUGUACGAGUUUUCUGUCAUUCGUUGUGGAUUUAAAGCUCGGUUGAAAAAACAAAACAAAAACCAAUUUCAGUUUCGCUAAACCGCAACAUUUGACACCUACCUUAAAUCUCAAUCUGCCUUAAUUUGAAGCAAGAAAAGCAAUUUAACUUUUUUUUCAUAUAGAAUAUUAGAACAGAGCUUUUUCGUCGUGCUUUUACGAUUAAAUCAGAAAGCAAAAACAUUUGACAGGAUUUCUGAAGAUCAAGAGUUCAUGGUUGACCAUGCUGCUCGAGUUUUGCUUUUUGUGUGUAAUGAUUAGCCAAAGUGAGAACCGUCCAUUGGAAGAAAAAAAAAUAGUGUAACUAGUACUCAAGGUUAUUCAGUGCGAUUAUUCCAGUGACCCGUUAUGUGUUUAAAAAAAACUAAUUAAAGGUGCAGUCUGCGAAUUUUAGUUUAAAGUUAACGGUCUUAAAACAUAAAUUCGAGCACAUUUUAAGUGUGGCUUAAUUGUGGAGGCUUUAUAAUUGUUUUGAGAAAUAGCUUAGGAUCCCUCAUGCAGAAAUCAGUUAACGUGUUUAUCGCGUAAGACACAAGACACGAUGCGGAGUCGCUGACCGCACCUUUAAUUUUCUUUCUUUUUUUUUUUUAAGGUUUUUUUUCCGGUUCAUUUUAAUGUUUUUACAUCAUCAAGUACAGGUCUCAAGCUGAAGUUUGUUCUUAUUUGUCCCGUUAUCUUACCUGGAUUUGCUAACAAGGCCAAUAUCGAGUGCGUGAUGAUGAUGAUAAUAAUCACAUGUUACCCUGACCCUCAGUUCUGCAGUGCUUAGCUAAAAGUUUUUCCCCAUUUAGCAUCUAGUCAGUGCUAGCGUUCAUCGUGCUGCUUUAGGUGACAUUCAAAAACACAAAUCCACUUUUGAAAAUGUGAUGCCUGAAGUUUGAGCUUUUUCAUUUGUCAGGGUCGAAAUGAUUAUUUCAGAAGGAAUUGAGAGAAAGGGGGGUAGUUGGGGAAGCAAAAAGGAAAACAAAAAAAAAGCCAGUGCAUGAAAACGAUGGAGAGUUUAUUGUAUAUAACCUCCUCAGAUCAUUAUUCUGCUUUUUCCUUCUUCUUUCUUUUUGUAUCAACUCUCAUCCUUUUAAACCUGUUUUUGUUUCCUGAAUGUAAGGAGUACCACCCGGUUGUUGUGACCCAUGUAGCUGCACAGACGCAACAUUCCGUUCCUGCGAUAUUUAUAUUUAAAAAAAAAAAAAAAAAAUUAUAUGGUCUUUGAAUUGUAUAUUUAGUUUGGUUUUAUUUGGGUGUGAAUACAUGUAUGCCAACUGACCUGAGAAA